CGCAAGUGAGGCGGAUGACUGUAGGUUGAAGUGAGGGUUAGACGCCCCCCAUCGCCAGCAGGUUGAACAGGUUAAAGGUGUUUACGCCCAGGGAUAACAGCUGAGAGCGCAACAUAACCCGGUGUGAAACUGUGAAUGGAAGAGUAGUAAAUCAUUUGCUGCACCAACACCAUCAUCGGAGUGACUCGUAUCAACGGUCUGGACUGCCAGUCAGUCUCCGCGGGGCACUGGCAGAAGGUGGAUCACGAGACGUCCUCUCCGCGCACUUAUCUGGUGGGAGGUGACGGCAGCAGCCGUGGUGGAUGAGAGAGGAUGCCGUCAUCACAGCUGUUUGCCGUCAACAACCUGGGCCGAGUGUUUGGCCUCUCCACGGAUGAGGCGUGCUGGCGGGAGCUGGACUACCUGGGCAUUGAGUUCAAGCGUCUGUCAGCACAUGAGUCUGUCCUGUGGGCGCUGGGGGGCGACCACCAGGUGUAUGUGUUUGUGUACGGCUCAUCGGUGCCCAUCAGGGUGUGUGAGGAGAGCUACGAGAACCAGCGUUGGAAUCCCAUAGAGGGUUUCACAGGGGUACUGCUCCCCUCUGACCGCCCCAACUUCUCUAGUGCUGAUGGCCUAACAAGCCGUGUCCUCAGCACCAUCACCCUGCCCACCCUGGCCUGGUCCUGGGAGUCACCCUGGCAUCUGCACUACACCCAUGAGGGGCAGGCACUGGAGAAGGAGGGGUGGACAUAUGCCAUAGACUUCCCGCGCACCUACACUGCCGAGAAACGCUGGAACUCUUGUGUGCGGCGGCGCAAGUGGGUGCGUUACCGUCGCUAUGUUGCCCUGGACACGUGGUCAGCGGUGCCACCCAUCCACCAGGAUGCCACGGAGGAGCCCUUCAUUGAUGUAAGCGUGGGCGGUGGGGAGGUGCCGGGCGAGGACCCAGACCGCCUCAUGGUGUGGGCUGUCACCGCAUUGAACCGGGUGAUGGUGCGGGAUGGAGUGGAUGGCUCGUGCCCCGAAGGCUGCCGCUGGACACACAUACCGACGCCCCCGGACAAGGACGUGACGUCGGUGUGUGCUGGGCGGUCUGGGCGAGUGUGGGCCGUGACCUGGGAUGGGAAGGUGAUUGUGAGGACAGGAAUCAACAGGGACUGUCCAGUGGGGAAUGACUGGGUGGUGGUGGAGCCCCCUGAGGGUAGCCAGCUGCAGCAGGUGGCAGUGGGGGUGCAGGUGGUGUGGGCAGUGACACGGGACCAUCGGGUGUGGUUCAGGCGGGGGCUGGAGGGGUCUGACUCAGCCUCUUCCUACAACAGCAUCAUGGGCACCUCCUGGCUCCUGAUGGUGGGCAGUCUUAACAGUGUGUCUGUGGGACCCAAUGACCAGGUGUGGGGUGUGAGCAGUGAAGACACCCUGGUACUGGUGAGGACAGGUGUCACCCCAUCGGAGCUUGCCGGCCGCACCUGGAAGCCCAUCAGCCUCCCCAUUAGCACCUGUGAGAGUCCAUCCAACAGUGGCCAAAGCUCCAGCACCAGCCCGCAGUCCAACGUAUCGGGUGUGGGCAAGGUGACCAGCCCUGAUACUGAUGCACCAGGGGACAUCAACCUGGAGGGUGUUGAGAAGGUCCUGGCUAGCCUGUCAGUGAAGGCCAGUGCAGAGGAGGAGGAAGAGGGGAAAGUGAAGGAGCAGCAAGAAGAUGAGAACAUAUCAGGUAAAGCAGAAGGAGGAGAGAAAAUAGAUGGUGCAUUGCAAGAUGAGUCACUUGGUCCUCCCCAGAGCAUGGUUGAGAGUGUGGAUUCCCCCUCUAUUGAGAUCAAAUACCCAGAGGACUGUAGUUCCCUUGAGUCCUCAGGCAUGUCAGACCAUGCAGGGGACUAUGUGGCAAGCCUUUUGGCCAGCCAGAGCAGUCCUGUGAAUGAUUUGAAAGCCAUACCAGGGGAGCCAGGUCAGCAGGAGGAUUCCACAGCUCAGAAGUCAGCAGAGCAGCAGUACUUCCCACCAAGUAGCAAAGAGUGGAGUGAGUCUAGGCUGAGGCAUGCCAGCAGCACCAGCUCCCAAGGGUCUCUGGGGCCGCUGCGGGGAGAAAUGGGGGUGCUUAGAGAAGAAGGCCCAGUGUUUAAUCUUCUGCAAGUGGAGGAUGACCACCUGUGGCUGUGGGUAACAGGCGGUGGCUGCUGGAUCAAGGCGAGCAACAUGCCCAAGUGGUUUGUAAGUGAGGGAUCCCCGGUGCACUCAAGUGAACCGUGGAGAGUCAGUGUGCUGCAGCGGCUACGUCAACGGCACGAGGACCAGAUCGAGCCCUUCAGUGGGUAUGAAGAGGCAGUGGAGGGAUCUUCCUGGGCCAUCUCAGGUCAGUGCCGGUGGUGGGCAAGCAAGCAGUGGGUGCCAGCGAGUGUGGAGCUGGUCAUGGUGGGGUCACGUCGGUCCCAGGUGAAGGACGCCACACUCCUGCUCCACUACUCUCUCUCUGCACCGGCAGUGGAAGAGAUCUCCAUUGGCUCCAUCCUGCUGGUGGCCAUGUGUGUGGACUCCUCAGUGGGCCGGUCCCUGGUGGCUCUCUAUCACCCAAACUACCCCCUCAAACCCAAGACUCUCUCCUUCUCCACCGAGACAGAGGCCGAGGAGUGGCUCAACCACAUUGCCUCGGCUUGCAAGACAUUCCGAGGCCACAAGAAGCGCCCCUCUCAGUAUGCUGUGUGGGGGCUGACGACGCAGGGAAACCUUUAUGUCCAUGACAAGUAUCUUACGGAGGAGGAGCUGCGUCUGGAGGCUCGAGUGUCCCACAAGGAGCUGGCGGUGGGUGAGGGGGCAUCGUCAGCCAUCCUGCUUCUUGACCGAGGGUUCCGGCCAGGCUGCUUUGUCUCAGUGGUGGUGGAGAUACAUGAGGGAGCUGACCAGUUCCAUGUCAACCUUCAGACAGGACGGGGCACAGAUUGCAACAUUGCCAUCCAUAUCAAUCCCAGGUUCUCUAAAAAGGUUGCAGUACUGAACACUAAGAAGAAGGGUGUGUGGAUGCAGGAGGAGAAGCAAGGCCUGAUGAACAUGACACCAGGGAGGCAGUGUGAUGUGUCUGUCAUGUGUGAUGAUGAUGACUUCAAGCUGUCCAUUGAUGAGCAGUACUGGUGCAGCUUCAAGCACCGCCUGCCGCCCUCCACCAUCACCCACGUGGCAGUGCGGGGCGACAUCACCAUCACCAACAUCACCUACAACCACGGCGCGGGGGAGAGUCAGCUGACGGACUGGUACUGGAGGGGCGUGGGGGGGCAUUUCAAGAGGGUGGAGAGCGGGGCAUGUGGGGUGACCUGGGCCAUCUCCUAUGACUUCCAUGUCUACAUCUACACUGGUGCAGAGGAAGGGGGCCUCUGCAAGGGCAGCAGCACCAGUGAGUCUGGGGACCGCCUGCUUAGUGACACCCGGCACAUGUAUGUGUGGGAGAACCAGCGGUGGAACCCGGUGACUGGCUUCACCCACCGUGGCCUGCCCACAGACCGCCACACCUGGAGUGACCAGACCGGCCGCCACCACCGCCCCAGGGAGAGCAUCCGCCUGCCCUCGCGCCACUGGUCCUGGACAAGCGAGUGGUGCGUAGACUACCACACGCCUGGGGGAGUGGACAAGGAUGGGUGGCAGUACGCGACAGACUUCCCCUUCAACUACCACUGCCACCGCUAUGUAACGGACUUGGUGCGGCGCCGGCGGUGGUUCAGGAAGUGCCGCAUCACCACCUCAGGACCUUGGCGCCAGAUGGAGAAGGUGGCACUCAUGGAUAUCUCUGUCUCUCCACUGUGUGCCAGUGAUGGAACAGUGCCAGUGUGGGGGGUGAGUGUGACAGGGGAGGUGGUGGUGCGGCUCGGGGUGCUGCCAGAGUGCCACCAAGGGGAUUCCUGGACACUGGUGCCAGCCGAAUGCCCCAUGAUGAGUGUCAACGCCGGGGUGCACUCCCACAGUGUGUGGGCCGUCAGCAAGGACGGCCGUGCUCACCUCAGGCUGGGGGUGACUCCUGGCAUUCCACAGGGAACACAGUGGGUGAACGUGGACUCCCCCGGACAGCCCCUGGUGGAGGUGGCAUCAGGGGCUGGGGCCGUGUGGGGGCUGGACCGAGCCGGGAACCUGCACCGCCGCACCAACGUCUUGCCACUGUUCCCUGAGGGAACUGGCUGGGAGCUGGUGUGUGGUGGGGUGAUCAGCUUCAGUGUGGACACCAUUGGGUCCCUGUGGGCAGUGUUGGAGUCAUACAACACUGACAACGGGUCAGUGCAGGGCGUGAUGGUGAGGAGGGUGGGUAUCACACCAUCCUGCCCCCUUGGCACUGGCUGGCAGCACACUCUGGGAACAGGAUGGAGUGCCGUGUGUGCCCGCAUGUCUGUGCCCUCCACUUGUUCCAUCCCAGACAACUAACUAGUGGUCCUCGUCUCCUUAGUGCCAGUGUCAUCUGCUUGACAAGGCGUUACUCAUGGCAGCUAAUACUCCCUGUUGACUCAGUGAUCUGUAUUGUUUCUCUCUCUCUCCUCCCUCACAUUCUUCCUUUCCUUUUUUGGUGUAUAGAAGUGGAUUGGUUUAGCCUCUCCUUUCCAUCCCUCUCCUUUUCCAUCUUCUGGGCAAAGUAAUUCUUGCUUCUUUACUUCUUUCUUUUAAUUUUUCCUCUUUCUUGUGUGUAUGUAUACAGUAAUUAUGUUCUUGUUAUGCUCUACUCCUUUUCUGCUCUUUCUUUCUUUCUUUUUUUUUCUUUUUUUUCUUUUUUUUUGUGUACAUAAAUGGACAGGGUUUGCCUUUCUUCCAAUAGUUAUCAGGCAUUUAUCAUGACCUUGUAUUGCCAGCUAGUGUUUAUAUGUAACUGUGAGAUGUAAAAAAAGCUUAGAAACUCAUCUUGCAAUAUUUUUUUAACUCAGGUGUUAACAGACACACUAAUAUUAAUUACCAACAAGCAGAUGACUUUGAUGUGGUGAAAAAAAAAGGUCAGUAUAGAGAGAUACUGUACCCAUAGAAGUGUUUUGAAAGGUUUAUGUAGAAUGUAAGGUAAAGCACUAUGUAACUAGCACUAUAUUUAACUUUGAGAUAUAUGUUCUUAUGGAAGAGUUGCAUAUCAUCAUUGUCUAAGGCAGCAGUGAGUCACGUGGCCUGAGAGCUGUGUGUGUGUGGACUUGUAUUGUGCCUCAAGACAUCCUUUGUAAAUUGUGAUGAGUUACCAAGAAAGAAAGUGCUCAGAAAAUGCUCAUAACUUGUGCUUGUGUGGAUCUCAGUCAUGAGUAUGUGUUGCAUCUGUAUACGUGUAUUUUUUUGCAUGCGUGUAAAGAAAGAUAGAGGAAGAGAUUUUUUUGAAGGGGAGGAUGUGGUGUUGAUAGUAAAGAUCUCUGCUAGUUUGUGUGUCUUGUGUAUUAGUAAUAUCGAGAAAGUUUGGUAGAUUUUGAUAUUAGCCACGUUGCGCAUGCUUGUGUAAUGCUGUCCUUGUAUUUAAUGAGUUAGGUUAGUAGGGAGUGAAAACUUCAUGUGGUUCUGAUAAACUUCUAAACUUCUCAGAAACUGUGAUACAUCUUGCCCGAUUAUAUAUAUUUUGCUCACUGUGUACAUUUUUUUCAGUUUAGUGUAGUGUAUUUGAUGGGUUAAGGUUCAGACCACUACACUAACUUUUUACGCAUACUCUCUUGUUAGUACUCACCUGUUUAUAAUGUUCGAACAAAGCUGACUGGUCUGUAGGGCUUGUAUUUAUUCUCUCAAGAUCAACUUAGUGCAUUGCUCACCUAUCCACCUCACCUAUGUUGUCCAUUCACAGUGCUCACCUAUCCACCUCACCUGUGUUAUCCAUUCACAGUGCUCACCUAUCCACCUCACCUGUGUUGUCCAUUCACUCUUCCUCCAGGUUGUAUGUGUUUCAUGUGCCAUUAACGACUUGCUCACUAAUGCAUUUAUCAGUCUGUUUAGCAUCCAUCAUGUGCUUUGUCUGGACAUUCUCACCAGUCAUCUCACAAGCUUGAACAGAUAGUAUUCCCAUAGGUAGUACUCAUCUACCCUCCAGAUUUCCAUUUUUGACUUAUAGGGUACUUCAUCCAAGGCCAUGAUAGGACCAUGCAUUCUCUCUCUCUCUCUCUCUCUCUCUCUCUCUCUCUCUCUCUCUCUCUCUCUCUCUCUCUCUCUCUCUCUCUCUCUCCUCUCCUCUCCUCUCCUCUCCUCUCCUCUCCUCUCCUCUCCUCUCCUCUCCUCUCCUCUCUCUCUCUCUCUCUCUCUCUCUCUCUCUCUCUCUCUCUCUCUCUCUCUCUCUCUCUCUCUCUCUCUCUCUCUCUCAUAUAUAAUGGAAUGACAUGAAGUUGUGACUCAUACUUAAAUUCAUUAAAACAUCUUUUUGUACACUUACAUGUAAACUUCAAGGAAUACAAACAUCAUUUUUCAUGUAUUUCCCUCGUAUCUCAUCAUAAGGAAAUAUACCAAGCACAGAAAUGUGAAGUGUUGGAGCAAGAGUGACACAGCCUGGAGACAAGCUGGCAAGGCAAAUAUGCUUUCUGUCUUGAAGUACAGUUUUUUGUGGUGACUUAAUAUAGCUGAAAUUUUUUUUAAAUUCCAUAUUUUUUAGUAAGGUCAUCAAUCAUUUAGCGAUGACUGGUGUUAUGUUGGUCCCUGUUGAUGAUCUCUGCUGUGAAAUGUGAGACAAAGAGACAGACCAAGCACUCUUAGUAGUAUAGAUGGUGCAGCAUCUCUGAAGAGGUUGUGAGAUUUGUUGCCAUUCCUUACUCCCACCCCUUAUAUAUAUAUAUAUAUAUAUAUAUAUAUAUAUAUAUAUAUAUAUAUAUAUAUAUAUAUAUAUAUAUAUAUAUAUAUAUAUAUAUAUAUAUAUAUACCUUAAGCUUAUUAACUCUUUAACAUUCCUUCCAAAUAUUUAUAGCUGCUAAAAAGAUCUAUGUAAAUACCAUAUAAUAUAUUUGCAUUUUUCUAGAGCAUCCCUAUAUGAACUGAAGCCCUUUUUUCUCAAGCUUUUAAUGAAGAUACAUUAUAAAGUAUCUGAAUGUUAUUGUGACAGGAUUGAUCAGUGCAUUUCUCAGCACUCAAGGUCAGUGAAGUGUGUCCUUGGAAAUUUUCAAUAUGUAUAUACUUAAUGGUAUGUUUCCAGCUCACAGGGAAGCAUAGUGUAGAGGCAGGGAAGCUCAGUGCUGACUCAGAUAUGGUGAUCCUUGUGGUCUCCCUUGUAACAUAAGUAGCCUACAUUGGGUGUCCUGUCAGAGUUUGAAUUUUGAGCUGCCUCCUCUCGUGUCUUCACCCUUUAGAUACCUUCACCCAUUCACAGUUAUUCACAUCCCAUGGCAACUACCAUUGCAACUUUUGUGGUUUGUGUUUCUCAAGACCUGACUGGAUCUAAAGUGGCAAGCUGGGAGAGGAAGCAGCCUGGGAUGUACUCCCCCCCCUAACAAAUGAAUAAUUGCCAUAAUUUGUUCAAGGUAUGGAUGCAAGUGUACCUGGUUUAUAAUGUGCUGUUUGCAGAUUGACAUUUGUGCUUUGUAUAAUAGGGAUUUCAGUUUGCAUGUAUGUAAGAGAGAGAGAGAGUGAGUGAUUGUGGUUGUUAAUUUGAUUCACAUUAUUGUAAGAUAUAUUUUGCUUUAAUUUUACUCACAAUAUGGAGGCAUUUGAAGGACAGUAUUAUGGGGAAAGUUUUUGCACACACACACACACACACACACACACACACACACACACACACACACACACACACACACACACACACACACACACACACACACACACACACACACACACACACACAC